AUGAAUACACCUCCGGGAGCAGGACCGUCCACUCCCGCGUCGUGCUUAGUAAAUCCCCGGUCUGAGGAGUGUCUCGCUUCCCUGACAUUCAGUAGAUCGAGCGGGAGUAAGAUGUUUGUCGGAGGUUUGUCAUGGUGCACCACGAAAGAGAGUUUGAAAGCGUAUUUCGGUGUAUUUGGAGACAUUGAAGAUUGCACCGUUGUCACAAAUGAGCAAGGACGCAGUCGAGGCUUUGGCUUCGUGACAUACAGAGACCCUUGCGUAGCCUUCAUAGUCUGUCAGCGAGGACCUCAUUCUGUCGACAACAGGGUCGUCGAUCCGAAACCUUGUGGACCGAACGGAAAUCAUAUCAAAGUUCCUGGAAGGGUCAUGCGACCGUUCCCGAAAAUAUUCACCGGUGGCUUACCCGCUUUUCUCACGGAAGAUGAGCUGAGCACUUUCUUCAAAGAGAAGUACGGCAAUGUUCUCGAGGUUGUGAUCAUGUUCGAUCAGGAGAGCCGAAGAUCGCGUGGAUUCGGUUUUGUGACGUUUCAAGAUGAACAAGUGGUGGAGAAAAUCUGCAAAGAACACUUCAUCAACAUCAAAGGGAAGAAAGUGGAGUGCAAUAGAGCGCAACCUCGUUUCCUCCCAAGCUGUAGCCCACAAACACUUCGGCUCCCCUUCGAAAGCAGAAGCUCAGAGAGACCCCCUCUCGUCGAUGCCCAAACAUCGAAGGAAUUUCCGGGGACGUAUACGAGCCCCGAAAAUGCGAGGAAGCCGCUGUUUAAGGGGAACUGGCUAUCAAUACAAUCACAGGAGAAGUUCGCAGCUCUACCUCAAGUUCCGUCAACCACUCGGGCUGAUUUCGAAUCUCAGGAAUCCAAUCUGUCAUCGAGUGCGCGGUCUUCGAAUGAACUGAAAAGGGACACCAGGCUCGAAGACGACCCCACAACGCAAUAA